AUGUUUAUGUUUGAAGUUUCAUAUUCUGGCAAGAAAAGUAUGAUGAUAAGUGUACAUAUGAACCCUGCCCUACGCCGGAGAAAUUUCCUAGCCUUGAUAAGUAAUUGCUGUAGCAUUUGCUGUCCCAGCUGGGAGUGGGAAGUGAUCUUCGUUCUCUUGUCAGCACUUGCAAGAAUGCGAAAUGAAACCUCUAAGUUAGUUUUUUUUUUGAAGUUUUAUGUGGCGUCUGAAUUAAAAAAGGAUUGUUUCCAAAAAAAGAAAGGAAAGGAGAAUAGCCAUCGCUAUUCCGCCAAAAGCGGGGUAGAGCGAGUCCUUCGUUACCCAGACUGUCCCGCCGAUUUCUAUAGGCCGGUAUAUUCUUCCAAUGUUCUAUUUAAGAAGACCCUACGUCUUGUCAACCUUGAUCCCUUUCCCGGUCUACCUUUUGCCGAAAUAGCCUUUACUGGACCUAGUUCCGUACUUAUAUUUGUGCCUAAAUAA